AUGGUGCCCAUGAACAAAAGUUGUUCAACGUGCAAUAAGCGCCGCAUCAAAUGUGACCGUGCGCAGCCAUCGUGCCAAAAGUGCACUAAUAAGGGUCUUGACUGUCCUGGGUAUAAACCGAAAUUCCGAUGGGCCGGUGGGGCGGCUGUACGCGGAGAACUGAAAGGACUUCAGGCUCAGGCAAUAGCAGAGUCCCUCCGGGCAAAUGAGAGUUUGCUGAGCAGAGUUGUGGCGCCGGAUAUUGAGUCGUUAGGUGGACUUUCAUUACAAGAGUUAGUGGAAUACUACGACAAGACGAUCGCCCCUCGUAUGGUCUGGUUCGACUCCGAAGACAACAUCUACCGUUGCCACAUCCUUCCGCUCGCACAGAAAAACAAAGUCGUCCGUCUUGCUAUAGCUGCAGUCUCCGCUCAACAUGCGGCCUGCGGUCGAGGUGAUCACAAUUUCCCCGAAGAUGCGCGCAAUGAGGCAGUGACCAUGAUCACGAAUUAUAUCACUGAGGUCACAAACCGCGUUACCGGCGGACAUGAUGUUGAGUUUGGUCUAGAUGUGGAUGCUGCCGAAUGGAUCCUAGCCUCAAUGCUAGUACUUUCGUGCUAUGAAAUGGCACACUCAGGCGCUGAAGCUGCAGAGUUUCACAGAAAGGCAGCUCGCUCCCUCGUGUCUACUCUUGCUACGACAGACCAUUGCAAGAGCAAGUUUUUCACUUCAAUGAGAAACAAAUUAUCAAUGUAUGAGGUCUUCGGCUCCACAACAUCGUUCGAUGUACAGAGUAUCCAAGACGCCGUGCUCUCAGACCCUGCAGAUGAAAUGGCAGGCGACGAUGAGACAACUCUUUUUUCCGGAUACGUCAACCUCAUACACCAGGUCACCAUGCUUGGACGACUUGUCCCAACAGCUUCUGGAGCCAAUCGCGACUGGAAAGAAGAAUUCGGACUCGCGCGCGGGAUCACCUUGAUGGCGAUUGGUAGACAUUCUAGUAUCAAAACGCCCUCUCACCGACGGGAUCUUAUUCGCCUUGUGGAUAUUCAUUACAAUGCCGCUCUUCUAUAUGUAUCUAGAUGUCUUGGUCUCGAUGCUCUUGGUCCUAGCGCCUUGGAUCAAACACAUACAGCUAUUUCAGAUCUGCUGCGGCAAAUUCAUGCUAUGGAAGAUAUGGAUUAUUGGCUUCAAAAUCUACCCUGGCCUUUAUUCAUAGCUGGGGCAGAAAGCUAUGGCAACCUUGCUAGGCAGAUGGAAAUAUCCCAGCUAUAUAAGAGAAUCCCGUACUUUACUGGCCUUCGGCAUUACCAUGAUGUGCUGAGUUUCUUAGAUACAUUUUGGUCUGGCGCUGAGCCUGAUUGGCAAGCCCUAGCCAGGGAAUGGGAGGAGUCUGGUAGAAGGAUAUUAGCAUAUUAA